CUUUAUAUUUAUUCAACUAUUUUUAUUUAAUGCUUGCGUGACUAGUGGAGUAGCCAACUUAAAGGUUAGUAAUCCGAUGUUCAAGCGUAUCGGAUGGCUCAGAAUAAUGGAAGGGGAACGCAAAUACAACUUUGUUGGAGAGGCACCUAUUCAAGGUGCAGGUGGGUUACCCUUUUAUGGCAACCUCUAUACAGGUCGUGUGGAUAGCCAGAAUUACGUUCCGCAGCGCCAGGGUGGAUCUUAUUUGCUUGAAAAGAAUGGCACACUUUGGGACGAUACUGCCGUUCGGGCGAAGAUCGAAAAGUGCCCGUAUUUUGCGUUGUCUGAUCAAGUGCUAUAUCACAAUAUGGAUCCUGUCUAUUUAGAUCCUGGGGUGCUCACCCCAGAGGAGCAUCAUCUUCUUCUUCUUUUUAGUCGUGCGUACUUUGAAAAGUGGAAGGUGCUUCACAAGAGGCCGCCCAAUGGGUUUAAGCGUAUUCGCAUUACCUACGGAGGGACCCAACUCCUCGAUAAUAUCAUCAGUCUGCUAAAUAUCUCUUCCAAAGUGGCGAUGACGCUCAAAAUGGAAUACUUUCUCGACGACGCGAGCUUGAUUGCGAUGAAUCCACAGUGCUGGGAUACCGCCUAUCUUGAUCCAUUAAACAUGGACCACUUUUCAGGGAGGGUGCUCGAGUUUGGGGAUAUGCCAAAAUUCCAGCGGGAACAGUUCUUUAUGCUUUUAAAUCAGAUGCGGCGGAUUGUGGUGGAGCGCAGGGACACAAUGGCUUCUAACGGCGGCGUGCCAGAGAGGGUUGUCCUGCCCUUCACCAAAGGGGUCACGCUCUACGACCUGUACAAGGAACUUGACCUUCCUCCGUACUCCGGACAGCUGAAGGUGUACAAUUUGAUCGAUAGGAUUGGAACAAAGCGAGUUCAAACGCUGAAGGAUGAAGAUACAUACUUUGACUUUUUGGUCCUUUCGUUUUACAAAGCAAAUCUCAAUCAGGCGGUUCUAUCGGAAGACCUUGCGGACGAAAUGGACAAUACGUGUCACUACCACAUUACUGUGGAGCCUUUCACAGUUAUGGAACGACGAGUUGGUCGGUGGUUUUAG